UUCUCCUCUCUCUCCUGCCGAGGAGGCAGCACACAGCACAGCAGCAGGCACUCCCCAAAACCUCCCCCAAACCUCUUCUCCGCCACCAUCCAUGGAGGUUCCUCCCGCUGCUCCGCCGCUCUCCUCCGCCCCACCACCCCCAACCCCUCUUCUCAAUUAUCCCGAUUCCGUCGACUCUUCUCCGCGCUCCCGGAACACUGAUUCCUGGGAUGAGUCUAUCCCUCCGGCGGCCGCCGCCGCCGCCGCUUCCGCCAGGCUCCGCUUCAUGUGCAGCUACGGCGGUCAUAUCGUCCCUCGUCCUCACGACAAGUCCCUUUGUUACGUUGGUGGCGAGACGCGUAUCGUUGUCGUUGAACGCCACACCUCCCUCUUCGACCUCUCCUCUCAUCUCUCUAAAACCUUCCUCAAUGGCCGUCCCUUCACUCUCAAAUACUUGCUUCCCACUGAAGACCUUGAUUCUCUUAUUUCUGUGACCACCGAUGAAGACCUCGAUAACAUGAUCGAUGAGUACGAUCGAAUUUCUAAUUCGUCACUGAAACCCUCCAGAAUCCGCCUUUUCUUGUUCGCGGCUAAACCCGAUUCGACCCAAUCGAUACCUAUAAUUAAUAGCUCGGCCAAGGCAGAAGAUUGGUUCCUGGGUAUGCUUAAUAGAGGGUUUUCGGACUCUGGUUCCGUUAAUUUGUUGAUGAAUUUUGAUGAUGAGGUUGGUGCUGGCAAUUCGGAUGGGGGUUCGAAAGAAGUCGAGGCUGUGGGUUCUGGAUCUUUUGGAAACGGCAAGACUGUGAAACAGCAGGGGCAGGAUGUUCAGUCUGUGCCCGAUUCGCCUAUGCUAGAAACUACAUCUUCCUUUGGGUCCACUUCUUCAUCGCCGUCGAUGGCAAAUUUGCCGCCAAUUCGGGUUCACGUUGAUGAUGGCAGUGGCGGUGCAGCGAGGUUGCAGGAUCAGAAGGCGGUGGGGAUUGAGGAUCAGCUUGCUCAAAUGGGUAUUGGUGGAGGACAGAAGCAAGAUGAGGGUUAUCUGCUGUCUUCACCUCCUACUAUGCCCGCAUCCACCGGCCCGGCUGCGCCGGGUGUGCCAAUCGGCGCCUCGGUGGUUCCUGGUGAAUACCAGAAUCGUGUUGUCUCUGAUGAUGAGAGAUCAGACCAUGGGAUCCUUGGGGGUUAUUGGAGACAGCCGACACCGCAGCCGCAGACGGUGCCUCAGCCUCAGAUUCUGCAUACGCAAUUGCAGCAGAAGCCUACCGGAGGCGUUGUUGAUUUGCCUUCUCCAGAUUCAGUUUCGAGUGACAGUAGUAUGACAAAUGCAAUGUCGCGCCCAAAACCUAUGGUCUAUCAAGACCAAGCUCAGCUUCAAAUUCCCUCAGGAGCUGCAAGGGUUCCUAGUAAUCCUGUUGACCCGAACCCGAAAAUUACAUUGUCUGAUUCACAUGGACGGAUCCAAAUGCAGCAACAAGUUUUGGAACAGGGAUAUGUUUUGCAAUCACAAUUCGAUCAGCAGCAGCAGCAACAGCAGCAGUCUCAACAGCAGCACCAAUUUAUACACGGAGCACAGCAACAAGUACAGGAAGCGGGAUAUGUAUUGCAGCCUCAAUUCGAUCAACAACAGCAACAAUAUAUACAUGGCACACAUUUCAUUCACCAUGCCCCUUCAGCGGCCAUGCAGCUCCCUGCAUACUAUCCUGUGUAUCCUUCCCAGCAGCAGCUUCAUCCCCAGCAUCAUCAUCAGGUUGAGCAGCAGUAUCAGAUUUACUAUGUGCCCACUAGACAGACCCAGCCUUAUAACUUGUCUUCCCAGCAGCCUAAUGUUAAUGAAUCUGCUUCAAAAAUUCCUUCUAGCCAUGCCCAAACAACAUCAAAUCCUGCAAUGGUUCCACCAUCUUCAGCUUACAACCCCAUCAGGAACGUUCCAGUACCUAAAUCUGAGAUGACAGGAGGUGCAUACAGAACAGCAAUUUCAGCCACCCCUCAGGUUGUUCAAGUUGCAUCUGGUCAGCCUCAGCAGCAAUUUGUUGCCUAUUCCCAGUAUCAUCAUCCAUCUCAGGCUGUUGCUUCCAAUUCUGGUGCUCCUGCUGGUUAUGCUUAUGAAUAUGCUGAUCCGGCUCGCACCCAGAUAUACUUCUCUCAGCCUCUGGCUCCCACAAUGCCUUCACAGUACCAAACUAUGACAGGUGCUGCUGCUCAAGUAUUGCCAGAAGUUUCUGCCCAGCCUUCUUCAGAAAGCAUGAAGCAGCAAAUAAGAACAUCACAGCCACAGUAAGUCAGUCCCAAGUAAAGAAAUAAUUUUGAAGAAAAAUGGGUUUGAUAUUUUUUUUUCUUUCUUUAAUUUUUCUGCUCCUGUUUUUGUUGUGUUAUUGGUACCUGUUUUUGGGCUUGUAUUUGUGAUAGAUUAUUAAAAACUCUUCUCAUCUUGUACUUUUUUCUUCUAUGUCAUAAUUUAUAGAAAUUUAUAGUCCAAGGUUAUACUGUAAAAGUUCAAAGACUCAAAAUUGUUUUGUCGAGUUCAAAUAUUGAUUAGUGAGCUAUUGCCGUGUAAAUUA